AAAGGAAAUACCGUGUUACUAUUUUUAAAUUUGAUAUAGACGACCACUUAGCAAGAUUCGGUAGAAACGUUAUCAGCUAUGAAGCGGUCCCAUUGGAUUUGUAUAGCAUACGGACUUGUCAUAUUUUAUAUUUCUUUGCUCUCUGUGGACGGAGUACGGUGGAUGGCAUUAGCUCAGAUGUCAUCUCUGGCCCACAUAAGUGACGAGGACAACUGUGACUCGCUAGCCGGACUGGUCAAGCGACAGAAGAAGCUGUGCAGGCGGCACCUGGAACUGAUGGACAGCGUCCGGGCCGGGGCGCUCAUGGCCAUCGAGGAGUGCCAGUCCCAGUUCAAGUACCGGCGCUGGAACUGUUCGACAGAGAGCGACAAGCUCUUCGGUAACGUCAUCUUGAAGCAAGGUACAAGGGAAGCUGCCUUCGUCCACUCCAUAUCCUCUGCGGGUGUGGCCCACGCCGUGACCAGAGCAUGCAGCAGCGGUCAGCUCCAGAAGUGUGGCUGUGACCGGACGCUCCGUGGCCGGAGCGACGAGAACUUCGAGUGGUCCGGCUGUUCGGACAAUAUCGCGUACGGCAUCGCUUUUUCCAAGGUGUUCGUGGACGCGAGGGAGAAGGGGAAGAAGAGGAGGAAUAAGCCCAGGUCGGUGAUGAACCUCCACAACAACGAGGCUGGGAGAAGGGUAAGUCUGGGCAGUUUGAGAAUCCUUGUGGCUUUUUGUUGUGAAUUGUUUUUGUGGGAUUUUAUUUUUAUUCUUUGA